UAUAAACAAACGAACGAAAAACUAAUAAACGUGAAUGGUGGAUGAUCGUUAGUUAUCUAUAUUGUUAAAACUGUACCAAUUAGUGUUAUUCUACUUCGAAAAUGGAUUCGAAAGAAGAAAGUGAUAAUAAAAAAGAUGAAGCGUUACAAUCAAACAAAGAUAAUGAUUCAGAUAAUGAAUCCGUGAAGAUAAUUGAAAAACCUAGUGUAAUAAUUGAUCUCGUCGAUUCACCUGAAAAUCGAGAUUAUAUCGUCAAUGACGGUGUCAUUGAGAUUGUCGAUUCUCCCCCUGCGGAUUACAGUGAAGUCAUACAAAUUAAUAAAAAGUUAAAAUUGGAAUCAAAUAACGAGAAUGUCGAUUCUUUUACAAUAAUUGAUGACGAUGAAUCGAAAACCUCGUCAAAAAGUGAAAGUGAUGAACGUAUCAAGCAAUCUCCGGGUACUGUUCAAAAUAAAAUUGAUGAAAGAAGUGUGACGAGAUUCUUUUCCAUACUUCAAAAGCCCCCAUGUAACAUUCCAGAAAAUGCCACAAUUCAACCUUUUUCGUGUUUAGAAUGGAAUAAAUAUAAAUCAAUGCAGAGAAACGAAUCUAGUGCAUCAUCUUCUCAAGUUCCAAGGAAACGAAAAUCGUUCGAAGUUGAUAAUUUAUAUGGUGAAAGUUCAUCACCAAGUCUUUCUACUAAAAAAGCAUAUUUCAAUCCUACAGACGAGGAUGAAAGAGAAUUUAUGAUCGCAUUUAUAUCAACUGUAGGUAAGUGUAGGGCACUGUUAGCUAAGAAAAAUGAAAAUAAAAAUCUUGAAAGUGAUAUCCAAAGUAUUUCAUCCGAUGAAGAAAUUCAGAAGCCAUCUCCAAAUGGCCGAGAAGAUGCAAAAAGAAGCCUCAAUAAUGACCGUUUAUCAUCAAACAUUUUAAGCCCCACAAGCCCUUGUACAAGUUCAAGUUCUCUAACACCUCAAAAAGAUGAAGAGAACUCAUCAUCAGAUGAAGCUGGAGAAAGUUUCAAGGUAACUAAAUCACUAAAUAAUUCACACAAAAAGAUUUCUUCAUCAUCGUCAAGUUUAUCAUCUGAAGAUGGCUUCACGAAUACUUCGAAAAUUGACAAAAAUGAAAAUAAAAGCAUUGAAAGCAUUUCAUCGGAGGACGAAAUGAAAAAACCAUCUCCAAAUGGCCGAGAAGAUGUCAAAAGAAGUCACAAUAAUGACCGUUUACCAUCAAACAUUUUAAGCCCCACAAGCCCCUGUACAAGUUCCAGUUCUUUGGAAGAUGAUCAAACAAAUGAGAGGAACAAAUUAAGCGAUAGCGAAACUACUCCAAAAAUUGAAAAUACACCUCAAAAAGAAACUUCUAAUGCUCCAGGAGUUGGAGAAAGUUUCAAAGGAACUAAUUCAUUUAAAACGAUUUCUUCACCAUCGUCAUCGUCAUCUGAAGAUGAUUUUACGAAUGAGAAAAAUGAAAUUACAAAAAGAGUAUCACCUUCAAAGUGUUUCCGGGGGUUAUUUAAUGAAAAUGAUCCUACUUCGUUGGAAGAUAAAGAAAAUAAAAAAGAAACAGAUGAAAGUGAUGUUGAAAGCAUUUCAUCCGAGGAAGCAUUUCCUAAAUCAUCUCCAAGUGGCCCAGAAGAUGAAAAAAGAAGCCACAAUAAUGAACUUUCGUCAUCAAUCGAAGAUGAUCAAAUAAAUGAGAGCAACGAAUUAAACGACAACGAAACUGCUCUAAAAAGCAUUUCAUCCGAGGAAGGAACGCCAAAAUCAUCUCCAAAUGGCCGAGAAGAUGAAAAAAGAAGCCACAAUAAUGAACAUUCGUCAUCAAACGAAGACGAAUUAAGCGACAACGAGUCAAGUGCUCUAAAAAAUCAAAAUACACCUCAAAAAGAUGACGAAAACUCAUCAUCGGAUGAAGCUGGAGAAAGUUUCACGGGAAUUGAUUCACUAAACAAUUCAACCAAAACGAUAUUUUCAUCAUCGUCAAGUUUAUCAUCUGAAGAUGAGACGAAUGAGAAAAAUGAAAAUAAAAUUAAAAAAAGAGUACAUUCAAGGCGUUUCCGGGAAUUAUUCUUUGAUGAAAAUACUCCUCUAAAGGAUUACGAAAACCGAAGCCGAACAGACCAAAGUGAUAAUGAAAGCGUAUCAUCCGAGGAAGAAUCUUUAAAUGACCAAACAAAUAAGAGUAGGGAAUUAAGCGAUAACGACAGUGAUUUAGAAAAUGAUAAAACAAAUGACAGUAAUGAAUUUAGCGAUAACGAAAGUUCAUCGGAUGGAAUUGAUGAUAAUACAUCUGAGGAAGAAGAAGUUAAAAAAUUAUCUUCAAAUGACGAAGAAGAUGCCAUAACAAGAUUUAAUAAUGAAAGCUUACGAACAUCUACCCCGUGUCCAAGUGCUGGAGAAGAUGAUCAAACAAAUAAGACUGACAAAUCAAACGAAGACUAUUAUUCGUGUAGUGAUACAGAUUGCGCCUCAUCUAAAUCCGAGGAAUCAGGGGAUGAUGCUUCAAGUAACGACAAUGAUUCUCAAGAUGAAAAAACUGAACAUAGCAGCCGUUCUCAUGAAAUUAAGCAUGGGAAUAAUAACAAUUCAUCAACAUCUUUUAAAGAAGAUUCUAAGGAUGGUUUGAAUGCCGGAAAUGAUUGUUCUGAAGAGAGGUCUACUCCAAAUAAGUUUCUUUCUGAAAACGUUAAUGAUAAUAAUGAUAACGGAAAUCCUGUGGCUAAUGAAAAUGUCUCUUCAAGUCUUAUGCCCAUUUAUGAGAAUGUAAGUGAUGUUGACACAACUGAAGAUGUCCAAAUCAACAAUUCUAGCGCAUCCACAGAAGUAUACAUCUCUUCUGCGCAAGAACAUUUAAUGAAAGAGAAUGUACCCCCAUCGCAUUUACGUGAUCAUCAGUAUGUUGAUAUCUAUGACGAUGGCAAUAUGUCAUUGCCAUCUUGUUCAACAGGACCAGCAAAAACAAGUAAACAAGCCGCGAACUCAAGGAAACGUCAAAAUCGCAAAAAUCGAAUUAAACAACGUAAAGCUGAAAUAAUGCUACGGAAUGAACAACGUCGACGGAAAAAACGUGAACUUCGUGAAAGGCUACGUCAAGAAAAGCUUAGAGAAGCUCAAUUCCCCGACCUUGCACCAGAAAAAAGCAUUUGCCUAUUUUAUAUGAAAGGUAACUGCCGAAAAGGCCAGGACUGUGGCUUCAGCCACUGUGCGAUGCCACCAAUAAAAUUAGAACCUUGUAAGUUCUUUUUUCGUGGGUCAUGUGCCAAAGGUAAUGGUUGUUUGUAUAUGCAUUCAGAAUACCCUUGUGAGCAUUAUACUUUUGAUGAGCGCUGUAUAAAGAAUGAAACAAAUGAAUGCCCUUACUCACACGAAGGCAAAUUAAAUGACCAAUUAAAACAAGAAAUAUUCGCGUACCGUUUUGGAAAUAACAAUAACAAUGAUAAUAAUUCAACCGGCGGUGGUUCAAGUCAACAGGACGGUCAAUCUACUGUUUAACAUGAUUUUGCAUCGUGUUAGGUGUGCUUUAACUCUAUAUUUUUUUUUAAAAUGUAAUAUUAGGGGCUAUCCAUCAAUUACGUCACACCAAUUUUACGAUUUUUUAACCAACCCUACUCCUCUCUCAGCAGUUAAAAAUCUUCAUGGGCUAGUUUUUUUUUUAUACAUAUAAAUUUUGCGCCCCAAAGCUUUUGACUUCUACCUCUCCUCCUUAUCGGUGCCGUAAUUAAUGGAUGGUCUCUUAUUGGAAUUCGAACACUGGAUCUUUGGAUACUUCUAACACUUCUUUAUUUUACACUCGAUAAGUUUAAAUACCUUUUUUAUUACAUUUCGUUAUUUAAAUACGAUCCAAAAGAAUCGCUCAAUUCGCUCAUAAAAUGAGCCCAAAAGACGAGAGAAGAAGAAAUAGAGUAUCGAAAGACAAAAAAUCAUGCAGACCAGUCAAUCCUUUAACGAAGACAUAACUUUCGUAUCAGAAUCAAUCGAAAUUCUGAUCUUCUAUCGUUUGCUUUUUUUUUGUCGUUUUUUAAAGAUCCAAUGUUCAAAAUAAAUGUUCAAAAAUUUGAUGUUCCUUUUUAUGGCUGCAGUAUAAGAAGAAUAUUGAUUGAUGAAUUUGUGAAGUUUGUUUAUUUUUUCGUGGUGUCAAAAUAGUAUUUCUGUGUCUAUUUUGAGGCAAAUCGACGAAGUGACUUGAUUUUUUAUUUUAGAAAAUGCGCUAUUUAAAAUUGUGGAUCAAAUGUGGCAAACUUUUAAAAGAAUUUCGUUGUGCUUAACGCAAUAAAACCAUAAAAUUUGCGAAAAUUAUCUAUUACUUCUCGGGAAAAAGAUUUUACGGUUAUUUGGACAAUUUAGAAUAACAAACGUAUCUUACGAAUUUUCUCUUAAACUAAUAAUAAUAAUAAAACAAAAGAGGGGUACCGCAAGUGGGUUCCUAGCACCUAGAUUAAGAUUCCUCUGUGUUCUCCUUGAGAACGAUCUGUCACUCGAUUUAUUGCAGCUUUAUUAGAAAGUUUGAGCUGGUUACCGAUGGGUCAAAUGAUUUUGCAGUCCGCUCCCGGGCCAGUACUUUUAACGAAAGAAAAGCUUGUCGCGUUUUUAUUUUUGCGUAAUGUAUUUUCUAAAAAAGAAGAUCAUUUUGAUUCGUCGAUCUAUCACAAAAUACCAACAUUUCAAUAAUUUCCUUGUAUUUUGA